AUGCCUCAAAAGGACUACGCACAGUCCAGCAUCCAUGAGGGACUGGAGUCUUGGAUGGAGAACUUGCAAAGUUUCGAUCACGGCGAGAGUGCGGAGCCCGAUGUGUUGCACAAGAUGACACAAGCUGCUGGCAGCUUGCACGCUGGAGAUGAUGAAAGUGUGGCAGGACGACAAAGCCCAUCUGAAGUCGACCAGGAACUGAGAAAAGAGCUGGGCGACCCAAGUGUCAUGCAGCGGGUGCAGGAUUUCGCUUCGAAUCUCCAGCUUCUCACCAAAGUGAUCCAGGAGAAUUCGUUGGUGCAGCAGCUAGCCAUCGUGGAUCCGGUGGUCGCUCAAGUGAUCAACAGCCCCGAAGCAUUGCAGAAGAUUUUCAGCAGUGAGGUCUUAGGCAUGAUACAGCAAGACCAGAAUCCAGACCAGCUUGUACUGGAACCUGUCGUGGAUUCCUCACUGGCGUACAUGUAG